AUGGACAUCACCAAUGCCAGUGCUCCAAGGGUGUUUGUGCUCCUGGGCUUCUCUUCACGGCCCCAGCUGGAGCCCGUCCUGUUCGUAGUGGUCUUGGGGUUUUACCUGGUGUCUAUCUUGGGCAAUGGCAUCAUUGUCUUGGUCUCCUGUAAGGAUGUGCGUCUGCACACACCCAUGUACUUCUUUCUUGGCAAUCUGUCCAUCCUGGAUGUUAGCUUCACCACAAGUAUUGUCCCACAGCUUCUGGUCAAUCUCUGGGGACCACAGAAAACCAUAAGCUACGGAGGCUGCGUGGUCCAGUUCUACAUCUCCCACUGGCUGGGGGCAACGGAGUGCGUGCUCCUGGCUGCCAUGUCCUACGACCGCUACGCUGCCAUCUGCAGACCGCUCCACUACACGAUCAUCAUGCACCCACAGCUUUGCCUGGGCCUGGCUUCCAUCUCAUGGCUCGGGGGUCUCACGACCAGCAUGGUGGGCUCCACACUCACCAUGCUCUUACCACUGUGCGGGCACAAUCACAUCGACCACUUCUUCUGUGAGAUGCCCCUCAUCAUGCAGCUGGCUUGCGUGGACACCAGCCUCAAUGAGCUGGAGAUGUACCUGGCCAGUUUCAUCUUCGUUGUCUUGCCGCUGGGUCUCAUCCUAGUCUCCUACGGACACAUUGCCUGGGCCGUGUCGAAGAUCAAGUCUGCAGAAGGCCGGAGGAAGGCUUUGAACACCUGCUCUUCGCACGUGGCGGUCGUGGCCCUCUUCUAUGGGAGUAUCAUCUUCAUGUAUCUCCAGCCAGCCAAAAGCAGCUCUCAUGAGCAGGGCAAGUUCAUCGCGCUCUUCUACACCGUGGUCACCCCCAUGCUGAACCCGCUGAUCUACACGCUGCGGAACAAGGAUGUGAAGGAGGCUCUCAGACACGUCCUAGCUGACAACUGCUGUGGCUUGGCAAGGAAACAGGAACGAAUCUAG